GAGGGGCGGGGUUUGUGGAGGAAGAUGGCUGCGGUGCUCGGGCUGUCUCUAACGGCCGCGGCGCUGAGAGCGGUCACUCCCUGGGCAAGGGGCAGCAGGCUCCUUGCGGCCUCUCGAGGACCUCAGGCUCGUCGGGAAGCGUCGUCCUCCAGCCCCGAGGCCGGCGAAGGGCAGAUCCACCUCACCGCCAGCUGCGUCCAGAGACUUCUGGAAAUCACCGAAGGGUCGGAAUUCCUAAGGCUGGAGGUGGAGGGAGGUGGAUGCUCUGGAUUCCAAUACAAAUUUUCCCUGGAUACAAUUAUCAACCCCGACGACAGGGUGUUUGAACAGGGUGGGGCGAGAGUUGUGGUUGACUCUGAUAGCUUGGCCUUCGUGAAAGGGGCCCAGGUGGACUUCAGCCAAGAACUGAUCCGAAGCUCAUUUCAAGUGUUGAACAACCCUCAAGCUCAGCAAGGCUGCUCCUGCGGCUCAUCCUUCUCUGUCAAACUUUGAUGUGAUGACAGGUGACCCAGAGAUUGCUGCCACUUGUACCAAUUUGAGGAACCUCGGAUUAGUAGAAUUCUAGAGGUUUCCUUCCAAUCAUGUCCUCCUCUCAGUUUUAUUUCCCUCAGUCCAGGAGUGUUGUGUUUUGCCACUGUUAUUUUCAGAAUAUGAAGCUUUUACUCUCGAUCUGUUUUUCACUCACACAUUUCUAAGGCCAAGCCUCUAGGUGCUGUGAUCUAAGAUACACUAACUGGUUGAAAUCUGCCCGCUAUAAUCUGUAGAGCCUCCAACGUUCCAAAAUUUGGAGUCACUUCUCAGGUGCUUGUACAUAGGUGUGUAGCUAUGUAUAAAAGUUCCAUUCUGAAGAAAGUCCUUAGUUACUUGUGUUCUGGAUCAGGGUCACAGAUUGGGUAGCUUGAACACUGGUUACUAGGCUAGAAAGGAUGAGAAAGGCAAAUGGAAGUUUCUCUUUUUCAUCUCACUCUUCCUGAAUGUGCUAGUGACACCCUUCUUUUUCUUUCUUUCUUUCUUUUUUUUUUUUUUUUUCCUUUUCCUCCUACAUCCUUAUUUUCUGUGCUGCCCAUUCCCCGCUUCCCAUUUGUUAGGGUAGAUACAUUUUCCUCUCUUACUCGCAGGUCUGCUAGAUUCACAAAACCAGUCCAUCACCCAGGAAACUUGGAUCUAAGCCCCACUGAUAACCUGAAUCAUUUAAAAAAUAGGCCUCAUACUCUGUACUCACACAGACAUUUUAAGAUUCUGCGAUUAUUCAAUGACUGAGUCUUUUUAGGACAUGUUGCUUUACUAAAAAUGUCUUUGGUCUCAUGCAUAGCAGGAAGGGGUCCCCUUGUUGAUAAAGAUAAUGGAUGGUUAGGGAUUUUCUUUCAGGUUGGAUUACCAGAUAAAAUGCAGGAUGCCCAGUUAAAUUUGAAUUUCAAAUAAAUAAUUUUUAGUGUCAGCGUGUCCCAAAUAUUUUAUGAGACAUAUACUAAAAAUUACUUGUUGUUUAUCUGGGCAUUGUGCAUUUUUAUUUGUUAAACCUGGCAACUUUAUGUUAGGGUUGCUGAAAGAAAAGCUCUUGAAGCCACAAAUUCCAGUGAAUUUUAAAGUACUUGUUUGGGUAUGGCACUUAAUUAGGCUACAGAGCUAGCAAUAGUUGUUGGAAGAAUGUGACAGUGCUGGGGGACCCAGAACUUCAUGGACAGACAACUAAAAAAAAGACAGAAAUACCACCACCAUGACAAAUGAUUUAUUAAUGCUCAUGUGGGAAAACCACAACCAAAUUACUUCUGGAAAAAUUAUUGGUUAAACUCUUAUUUUCCUCAAUAGCCUAAAAGUUCAUUACAGCAAAAACUUGCAUUUCUGGACUGGAUUGGAAUUAAGGUCAUUCAGCAAAAGAAUUUACCAUUAAAAAGGGAAAUGUAGAUUUUAGAGACAAGAUGAAGCUUGGGUACUUAUAUUUUCAAUAUGGAAAAACCUAGGAUUUAGAGAAAGCAAGCUGUUGUGUGUACAAUGUGUACAAAGAGAAGGAAGGGACACUCAGAAACCUGACCUUUGCAGAUUUCCAUGGGAGGAGGUAGAAAACAGCAUAUCAUGGGAGCGUCUGUUUAAGUUUACUAAGACAUUUAAAGUUGCUACCCAUACCUGGGCCUAAUUAGAUUUUCAGCUCAGACUAAGUCUUUUCAUCCUCUUUAAAAAGAGAUUUUGCUACCUUUUAAAUGUUGGAACAUACUGUUUUAAAGAGUGCACUUUAUUUUUAUUUAUUUUUUUUAAAUAAGCUCAAUGCCCAGCAUGGGGCUUGAACUCAUGACCCUGAGAUCAAGAGUUACAUGCUUUACUGACUGAGCCAGCCAGGUGCCCCAUGAUUUUGUGAUUUUAAAACUCAUGCAGAGCAGGAGCUUAAAUGCUUUAGUUGCUAAAUAAACCAUUAAAUUGCAAUGGUCACUUAGAUAGGAACAGAGUCCCUUUGAAUGCCUAUAUCUAAGUACCUGCUGUUAAUGGGGAGAAUUGGGAUUCUGUGCUUUAGAAAGGGUGGGUUUGGGAGAAAUCACCUUACUUUAUCACACUAGAAAGCCUCAUGAGAAAAUCCGAAGCAGUAAUAAGAAGCUUCUAUUGGAGUAGGAUGAU